AUGGCGUCGAGGUUUGUGGUUCUCGCUUGUUUUGUGGCUGCCGCCAGCGCCGGAGUGGUCCCCGCUGCGCCACUGGGCUACGCGGCAGCACCUGUCGCCUACUCCAGCCCUGUGGCUUAUUCUAGCCCUGUGGCAUAUGCCGCUCCAGUCGCGAAGAUCGCCAAAGUUGCUGUUGAGGAGUAUAAUCCACACCCACAGUACAGCUUCGCAUAUGAUGUGCAGGACGGUCUAACGGGCGACUCCAAGAGCCAGCACGAAUCUCGCGAUGGUGACGUUGUCCAGGGCUCGUACUCCGUGGUCGAUCCUGAUGGCACAAAGCGCACUGUGGACUACACCGCUGACCCUCACAACGGAUUCAACGCUGUCGUGCGCAAGGAAGCCCUAGGUGUCAAGGUCGCCGCUCCCGUGGCGUACGCCGCGCCCGUCGCUAAAAUCGCAGCUCCCGUCGCCUACGCCGCCCCUGUAGCCAAGAUCGCCGCUCCCGUCACCUAUGCCGCCCCCGUCGCCAAGGUUGCCUACUCUUCUCCUAUCACGUAUGCCGCCUCCCCUGUAGCCAGAAUAGCCGCCCCUAUCGCCUACUCUCAACCCAUCUACCACCACUAAGACCAGACUGACUUAUUUUGUUAACAUGAACCAUGUUACGGCCUAGUAAGCAAUGUUAUUUAUGUUUAUUAUUUUUAAGGAU